AUGACGUUCCUACCGGUCUCCGGCAGGGACGGCCGCAAGCUCCGUCGCUCCUACCGCUCUCCGCUACUCUGCAAGCACAGCAACGACGGGGAUAGAGAUGGCGGCGCCUCAUUCCCCGGCGCCGUCUUCAACCUUUCCACCACCAUCGUGGGGGCAGGCAUCAUGGCCAUCCCUGUCGCCGUCAAGGUCCUGGGCCUGCUCCCGGGCCUCGCCAUCAUCCCUCUCGCUGCUUUUAUCACCCACGCCUCCAUCGACAUGAUCCUCCGCGCCGGUCGCCCACCUGCCACUUUCGACAAGCCCGCAAACACCGUGCCCCCUUCCUAUGCCGCUAUUGUCAGCGACGCUCUCGGCGCUCCCGGCGGCACCCUCCUCCAGUCCUGCAUCAUCCUCAACAACCUCGGCAUGCUCGUCGUCUACAUGAUCAUCAUUGGGGACGUGCUCUCCGGCACGUCGGUCCGCGGAUCGGACCAUCACACAGGCGUCCUCGAGAGAUGGUUCGGUCAGCAAUGGUGGACGGAACGCGCCUUCCUCCUCCUCACCACCACCAUCUUCGUCUUUGCCCCCUUAAUCUCCCUAAAGCGCGUCGAUUCGCUACGGUACACGUCGGCUCUCUCGGUGGCUUUGGCGGUGGUAUUCGUGGUAGUCAUGGCCGGAAUCGCCAUUGCAAAGAUGGCGAAGGGCAGUAUUGGGAUGCCGCGCCUCCUCCCACAAGUAUCCGACCUCGCCAGCUUCUGGAAGCUCUUCACCACCGUCCCUAUUCUCGUCACAGCCUACAUUUGCCACUUCAACGUGCAUCCCAUCGAGAACGAGCUCAAGGAGCCUGGUCAGAUGAGGAGCAUCGUGCAGGUCUCCCUGGUGCUCUGCUCGAUCGUGUACGUGGCAACCGGCCUCUUCGGGUUCCUCCUUUUCGGGGAGGCGACGAUGGACGACGUGCUGGCAAAUUUCGACGCCGACCUGGGAUUCGGCACCGCCAUCAAUGAUGUGGUGAGGCUCAGCUACGCCUCCCACCUGAUGCUGGUGUUCCCCAUCGUGUUCUACUCCCUCCGGCUCAACCUGGAUGGCCUCCUCUUCCCACGGGCGGCCGUGCCCAUCGCCUACGACGACGGCAGGUUCGCCUUCAUCACGUACGGAUUCAUGCUGUUGGUAUUCAUGGGCGCUAAUUUGGUGCCCAGCAUCUGGGUCGCGUUCCAGUUCACGGGCGCCACCGCCUCGGUCGCCGUCGGGUUCGUCUUCCCGGCGUUGAUCGCGCUGAGGGACGUGCAUGGUGUGGCGACGAGGAAGGACCGAGCGCUGGCUUGGGCGAUGAUUCUGUUGGCGAUGUUCUCUAGCAGUGCGGCCAUCUACAGCAACAUCUGCGACAUGUUCAUCGACAGCAGCUCCACACGAUGAUAAUGAAAAAGAAUAAUAUUUUGUUUUUAGAGUGACCGUCGUGUAUGAGUGGGGUGCUAACACCUUGUAGAAGUAAAUUUGUUUGCAAAAAUUGCCAA